AUGUACAAGACCGUCAUCCUGCCGACGUUACUGUACGGAGCAGAGACAUGGACGGUGUACACGAGACAGGCACGCCGACUGAACCACUUCCACCUCAGUUGUCUCCGUCGCAUCUUGAGGCUGAACUGGCAGGAUCGAAUCCCCGACACGGAAGUACUGGAACGAACGGGAAUCCUCAGCAUCUACGCCAUACUGAAACAAAUGCAGCUGCGCUGGAGCGGCCACCUGUUGCGCAUGGACGACGAGCGACUACCCAAACGACUCUUCUACGGAGACGUCGCGACGGGUUCUCGUCGUCAAGGAGGCCAAAUUCGCCGUUACAAGGAUACCUUGAAGUCCUCCCUGAAGCGCCUGCACAUCAACCCGACCAACUGGGAAGAGCUCGCUCGCGAUCGUCCGACAUGUAGUAGAACAGUGAAGACGGGCGCUGCUAUCUACGAAGCCAACCGAAUCGCCGCCGCCAAAGCGAAACGCGAAGCCCGCAAAUCACAAGUUCGCCCAAUACGCAACGCCGCCGCACAACCUCUCCCUACGUGUCCUCGAUGUCAACGGACAUUCCGGGCACGAAUCGGACUUGUUGGACAUCUUCGAACCAACUGCACCUCUCGAACUGCUCCAGCCAUCGUUCCCCAGCCCGCCGUUUCCUCGUCCUCUGUUCCGCCAACUAACUCUGACACUCCUUCUGCACCACCACUUCCAUCCUCCUCCUUCUCCUCCACUGCCCCUGCGGCGGCCGUUCAGACUGCCGUCUCACACAUCACCAACCCCAACACAACAACCGACAUCACCUCUCCCACCUCUCCCGAUUCCAGUGAUGAGGAUCAGGAUUACACCUGCCCUCACUGUGACCGCACCUUCACCUCACACAUCGGCCUGGUCGGUCACUUGCGAAUCCAUCGCACAGAGACUGGCGAACCAGUGCCUGGAGCACCAACCUACACCCACCGCACUCGCCUCCACUGCCCACAAUGCCCUCGCACCUUCCGGCAUCGCAUGGGUCUAUUCGGCCACAUGCGCAUCCACGAGAGCGGAAUUGACCACAAUUCCGGUACAGCCACGACAUCCAACACAUCCACCACGCCCAGACCAAUCCUCGCUCCACCGUCACACGCGUUGACCACCACCGCCACCAACACCACUGCUUCCUCUACAGCUGACACCGACACCGCCGACCUCUCAUGCCCACAUUGUCCACGCACCUUCACCUCACGCAUCGGCCUGGUGGGUAACUUGCGAAUCCAUCGCACAGAGACUGGCGAACCAGUGCCUGGAGCACCAACCUACACCCACCGCCCUCGCCUCCACUGCCCACACUGCCCUCGCACCUUCACGCAUCGCAUGGGUCUAUUCUGCCACAUGCGCAUCCACGACGACCUGCGGUAG